CUGGUUUACUCCGUUACCAAGGCCAAGCGUUUCAUUCUUGGCGGUCCGUCUCCACCAGCAAACCUCGGAAGGAAGAGAGUUACAACUUACCAGCCAAAGCAACAGCUGAUAUGUAACGGGUCUGCGUCAUCAUUUAUUAUUUUUAUUUUUCUGUCUGAGCUUGGGUGCAAAGUUGCUUGCAAUUAUCUUUCUGUUGUAUGUAUGCAUAAUUAUACAGAAAUGUACAGAGUAUAUCUAAGAUGAAUAAUUUCUAGCUGAUUCUUGAUGGACAGACACACACACACACACACACUAAUAAUAUAGUUAAUGGCUUGGGCAUAAUCGAUAUAUCCGAGAAUAACGGCGAUCGCCCACUUCCCAGCAACCCUCCGCCAAGCUCUCGGCGCCUGGGCGAGGGCCGUUCUUGGCGCGUACCCAGCCAGUCCCGGCGCUCCGCCGUGCUUUUCCUCGUCCUCUUCUUUCCUGCUCUGGCCUGCUUGCAGGCUUGGGACAUCUUGGGACAUCUUGGGACAUCUUGGGAGAUCUUGGGAGCCCUCUUGGAGCCCUCUUGGAGCACUCUUGGAGCCCCUCUUGGAGCCCUCUUGGAGCCGAUUUUGGGGCCGAUUUUGGGCCCAUCUUGGGUUGCGCUUGGUUUCCGCUGGGCGCUGUCCCGCCCUCUCUUCUUCUUACGUUAUUAUAUAUAUGCCCCCGGUGGAUAUCCCAAGGUUGUUGGCCAUAUAUAUAUUCAUCUAUAUAUAUAUACAUAAAUUAUUAUCACCUUGAACACCUGCACAUAUAUGCGAUAAUAAUACGCUCCCUUUUAUUUCUGCCGCUUACUCUCCUCUCCUCUCCUCUCCUCCACCCCCAUUUGUCGUUUUGCUUCCCCUCCAAUAGUAUCGCAGUCAAAUUCCGCCCUCCGUCACCUCUUGUCGUCCAUGGAUAUCAAUCCCCACCCUCGCCGUGGUCGAUGUCUUGCCUGCAGGCCCUGCUCCGCCCCCAGAGUGCUUGCCUCUAGCUACAGCUGCUAGUACGUUAGUACAGCGACACGACAUAUCUUAUAUAUGCCCAGUGCCGGCCGUUUACCAUGACGUCUUCGACCUGUCCUCUUCCUCCUCCAGCUCACCUAAACCCAACGUUCCCAUCCCAUAAUAUCUAUUACCAGCGCCACGACGACGACAAUCACCUCUACUAUUCCCAGCAGUCCCCAUCUUCAGACAACCACCCCUCUCCGCAUUCUCACUCCCGAAACGACAGCUUUAAAGAUCCCUCCUACAACCCUCAUCCCAACCGCAAUAGUAAUAACCACCACAUCAUCCAUCUCCCCCAGCCUCAGCUAUACCCCCUAUCCGCAGAACCUCCCAAUGCUGCUCCUACCCUCUCACACCGCGCACCGCAAUCUAUGACGCACCAGAACCAGAACCAGAACCAGGACGACUGCCACUCGCAUUCCCAUGCCAUUGAGCGAAAUACCAUCUCCCAUCCUGCGUCAAUGUUAGAGCAGACGCAUGCUCCUCAAAUCCAAACGAGAAUGGAAGCGCGGCGCAGUCACGGGCAUAACAAUCAUGGUGUAUUGAUGUCAGAGCACUUGAGUCCGCGGGCGCAGCAGGUGGAUACUCGGGUAUUGGUUUACGCGGAUGAUGUAGAGAUCGACGAUGGUGAUGAUGAUGACGAUGAUGAUGAUGAUGACGAGGAUGGGGAUGAGGAUGAUGAUGGAGAUGAUAGGUUGGAUGUGGUGAGGUCGACGGAGACGGAGAAUGCUUUUUUCAUACUGCUCCGCCUUUCCUUCCUCGUACCAACCUUAACCUUCAUCGCAGCGCUUUACACCCUCGCCGUUCUCCUCUUUCUCCUCGUAACACUCCCGCUCCGCCUCUGCACUCCGUCCCCCUUCUUCAAAUCCCCUCCCUCCGCACAAAUAUGCUCUCUCCUCCUCCCUCUGCUACGCAGGCACCAGCGCCUCAUUGCGCCACAACCGCGAUCACCAAGGAGGAAGGUCGAUAUCACGAAUAGUAAUAAUAGUAAUAAUAAUAGUCAUGAUGGGAGGCAUUGUGCGAGGUAUUGUAGGAGGGCGAGAAAGAAGGAUGGGAACGGUGGUGCGGCUGUGUCUACGCAUCCGUACGAUACGAUCGAUUCUCACCAGCAGAAGGCUACCAACACCACCACUACAACGACGACUACAACAACCAUGACUGCCACAACAAAUGAUACCCAACACUCACACCCAAACACUCAAAUACACGGGAACCCGCCUUCCCCCCUCUCCCCGCCUGUCUCCCCCUCCUCCCCAAGACACCCUCCUCCAAACACAACACCUCCAACCUCCCCCCUCUCCUCAUUCCCCUCCCUCCCCUGCUCCCCACAACUCAAACCAACCCCCGCCACCACCCACUCCCCCCCACUCCUCCUCCUAAUCCACCUCCUUUCCCCGCUGCUCAUCCCUGCCCUCCUCAUCGCUGCCUGGAUCGCCGCCUCGUUCUGGGUCUUCGCCAUGAUUCUUGGGAACCCGGAUGGGACCGAGGGGAGGGAUGAUGGCCGCGUGGCGGUGUUGGGGGUGCGGAAUUGGUGGUGGAGGUGGCUUUGUUGGGCGAGGAGAAGGGGGGAGAGGGAGAGGGAGAGGGAGAAGAGGAGAGGUGGUUAGGGUUGAAUUGUGUUUGUGAGGUCUUUUUUAUAUAUUAUUAUUACAUUCAUUUAUGUGUUUCGUUCUGGGUGUUUGGGUUUCGGCCGGGUUGACUUUUUAUUUUUCGUUUUAUUUUUUUAAAUUUUUUUUCGCUUUUUGAUUUUGGCUUUAACUCAAUAUCUGGCGGUCUCUUUUUAUCUGGAUAUGUAUUGGAUCAGGGCUCUGAUCCUGUUUUCCUUCCCUGCUUUUUAUAUUUUAUAUUGUAUAUUUAGUAGAUGGAGGGUUUAUGCUGGCGCUCUAACUACUAUAACUUUGCACUAUACACUACUUAGUUGGCUCGUACAUUUAUUACUGAUAUUAUUUUUGUUAAUACUCACGGAACGUAUUUCCUGUUCAGGGCGUUGUAUUUUCCUUGUUUUUUCUUCUCACUUCUUUCCUCUCCUUUUGAGUGGAAGUGCUUAAAAGGGCCACAGCAAUGGCUGAUUGAUUCAUGUCUGUCUGAUGAGAAAUAGGUAACUUAAUAAUAUUUUAUUAGCUAAAUAUUCCACCCAGAUAACGCCUUUUUAAUGAAUUUUGUUAUUUUCUCUCCCCUUCUCU